GGUACCGCGGCUCCGGAGUAGGAGGACGGGGAGCGGGGGGAGGAGCGCUCGGCGCGGUCACGGCCACCGCGGGCGGCGUGUGCGGGGGCGGGUGUGGAAGAGAGGUGGGCAAAUAGCGAUGACCUUUGCGAAGAGCCCGUGAGGGAGCGGGUCAGAGGCAGAGUGAGCGGCGGACGAUGGUGGCUGAGAAGCGGAGGAGAGCCGCCCCGUAAUGUCACCAUGAUGUCUCACAUAAAUGAAAUGUGGUGCUGUCACUGGAAAUGGAAGCUGCAGCACUGUCUCUACUUGUUUAUCCUGUAUAUUAUAUGCAUGCAGCAAGCAGCUCAUGGAUGCUACAACUGUAGGACUGUGCUAACUGACCCGUCUGGAGUUUUCACUUCUCCAUGCUAUCCAAGUGAUUAUCCCAACAGCCAAGCUUGUAAAUGGAUCAUCCGAGCACCUCUUGGAUUCAUUAUACAGCUAACAUUCAGUGAUUUUGACAUUGAAGAAGCACCAGGCUGCAUUUAUGACUCACUGACAUUGGACAAUGGAGAGAGCCCAAUGAACCUUUGUGGCAUCACUGCCAAGGGAUUAUCAUAUAAUUCUACUGGAAAUGAAAUGAUUGUGUCUUUUAAAAGUGACUUCAGUAUCCAAAAGAAAGGUUUUAAUGCCAGCUAUGUACGAAUUGCCGUGUCUCUGAGGAAUCAGAAGGUCAUCAUUCCCCAGGAUCCCGAUGCUGAUGCUGUAUCCGUGGCAGAAACAGUCUUGGUUCCAGAACUCAGCCAGUUCACGCUAUGCUUUGAAGCAACCAAGAGCGGCAGUGAUGACAAUGACGACUGGAAGAUUUUCUCUUACACUGAUGCAUCAUCAAAAGAGUUUUUCGGCUUUGGGAAGACCACAAAAGGCCAUUUUCUGUCCAUCUCAGACACACAGUGCUUACUUGACAAUGCAUUGCCUCGAAAUGUGGAGUUUUUCACGGGAACAUUUGAACAGCUUUGUGUCGUAGGGGAUAGUUUCUCGGGCACUAUAGGUGUUUACGCCAAAAACAUCUAUCAUAAUACAUACUGUCCAGAUAUGUUUGGCAAAGUUAUCCCUGGAAAUGGGAGGCUUGUGCUGGGCUCUAGCAGCAAUGAAGUGAGCUCUCUAAAUGGGGACGUUUACAACUUCCGCCUCUGGAAUUUCACCAUGAAUGCUCAAACACUGGCCAACCUCAGCUGCGAUGUGAAAGGAAACAUUGUAGACUGGGAAAAUGAAUUCUGGAGUAUUCCAACUUCAGCACUGAAGGCAGAAAACAAUUUGAGUUGUGGCUCAUACCUAAUUCCUUCUUCUGCAAUUGAACCAACAAGUUGUGCAAACCUAGGAAGCCUUUGUCAAGCUACUGUAAAUGCUACUACUCCUACACCACCCACUGUCACCACUAACAUGCCUGAUACUAAUAGAACCGAUAAGCCAAACAAUGGUGGGCUAUUCUACAGGAUAUCUAUAACUGUCUUUAGUUACAACUCCAACUCAGAAUCAAAAGUACAUGAUGUGGUUGCAGAAUGGCUAAACCAUACUUUCCAGAACUGGAAUUAUACUGUAUAUGUGGUCAAUAUCAGCAUCCAACCUGGUACCAUAAAAGAGGCAGUAAGAGAAAAAAGAAGCAUCGAUAGUAAACGUUUUGAGGUUUUAGCCCUUCUGGUUUAUAAUGCUACCAACAACAUCAAUUUAGAAGAGCAAGACAUCCGACAAAAGCUCAUAAGUAAUAACGAGUCCAUAGCAGAGGGAUAUAGGCUUCAUACAGUGGAAGUUGAUCCAGUGGAAAAAUGUUUAGCUGAAGAAAACCCUCCAAACUAUUUUUGGCCAGACACCAGACCAACAGUUACCAACUUUACAUUUUGCCAUGGGAGUUCAGUUCAGAUUGCAUCAAGAACCUGCUAUUUGGGUCUGCAGAAUUACACCUCAUAUUGGGGCCAACCAGAUCUUAGAAAUUGCACAGAAAAUGCAGCGGAUAUUGCCAAUCAGCUUCUGAAUCUCACUGGUGAAGGGCAGCAGCUUACCUCAGACAAAGUAAAUGAUGUCGUCCAGAAACUCAAAAAAAUUGUGAAUGAUGAAGAAAUUGAUGAAUCCCUAGGUUCUACUGUGGUGACAAUUUUUUCCAAUAUUCUAAACAGUUCAGACAGUGUAUUGGCAGCAUCAUCUUCAGAAGCUCUUAAAACUAUUGAUGCCUUGGCUUUAAAGAUCCAAUUCACAGGACCAUCCAUGAGUAUUUCAACACGCAAUCUUGCACUUGGAGUGUCUUCUGUAAACUCAACUUCAUUCAGAGGUUCUUCUUUCAGUGUCAGUCCACAGAAUAAUGCAUCUGAUUUCCAGAUAGACUUUGACAAGGAUCAGACAAAUGCCAUUGCUUCUGUCAUUCUGCCACCAAGUUUACUGAAGAAUUUAAGUCAAGAUGACUUUGAAGUUAUAUCAAGGGCUCAAUUCACUUUCUUCAACAAAAAUGGUCUUUUUCAGGAUGCAGAAACUCCUGGCAACUUGACCAGUUUUGUGGUGGCAUGCAGUAUUGGAAACAUAACUAUUCGAGAUCUUCAGGAAUAUGUGAAGAUUACAAUUAAACAUACAAAAAUUCAAGAAGAUCCUAAGCCUACCUGUGUCUUCUGGGAUAUGGCCAAAAAUGGUGGCAAUGGUGGCUGGAACCCUACAGGCUGCAAAGUGCAAGCAGACUCCAAUGAAAAUGAAACGGUUUGCUUAUGCAACCACCUCACACACUUUGGCGUACUCAUGGACCUUCAGGGAACCACUACAGAAAUAGACCCACAGAAUACCAAGAUCCUCACUUUCAUCACUUACAUAGGCUGUGGGAUAUCUGCUAUAUUUUCAGCUGCAACUCUUCUGACAUACAUUGCAUUUGAGAAGCUAAGAAGAGAUUAUCCUUCCAAAAUCCUGAUGAAUUUGAGCACAGCUCUGCUCUUUCUGAACUUGACCUUCUUGCUUGACGGUUGGAUUGCAUCAUUUGACAUAGAUGGCCUCUGCAUAGCUGUUGCUGCACUUUUGCACUAUUUUCUUUUGGCCACCUUUACAUGGAUGGGACUAGAAGCUGUUCAUAUGUACAUCGCUCUAGUGAAAGUGUUCAACACCUACAUACGGAGAUACAUUCUCAAGUUUUGCAUCAUUGGCUGGGGUUUGCCAGCUCUAGUGAUAGCAAUUGUUUUAGCGAGCACAAAUAAAAAUGCAAGUCAUGUUUAUGGCAAGGAAUUGUACGGCAGAGAUGCUACUGGGCAAGGAGACGACUUCUGUUGGAUCAAGAAUAAGGUUGUCUUUUACGUGACUUGUGCCGGAUACUUUGGAAUCAUGUUUCUCUUGAAUGUUGCAAUGUUUGUAGUAGUGAUGGUGCAGAUCUGUGGGAGGAAUGGGAAAAGAACUAAUCGAACACUAAAGGAAGAGAUCCUGAGGAACCUCCGUAGUGUGGUCAGCCUGACCUUCCUCUUGGGCAUGACAUGGGGCUUUGCCUUUUUUGCCUGGGGUCCCUUGACUCUGCCCUUCUUAUACCUCUUUUCCAUUUUCAAUUCACUGCAAGGUUUAUUUAUAUUUGUAUUCCACUGUGCAAUGAAAGAAAACGUGCAAAAACAAUGGAGGAGACAUCUAUGUUGUGGCAGAUUCCGACUGGCAGACAAUUCAGACUGGAGCAAGACAGCUACAAAUAUCAUAAAGAAGAGUUCUGAUAAUCUUGGGAAAUCCCUAUCAUCUAGUUCCAUUGGCUCCAAUUCGACAUACUUAACAUCCAAAUCCAAAUCUACAACAAAUACAUAUUGCAAACGAAGUAGCCAUACAGAGAACAUUUUUGUUGACAAGCCAUCUUCAAAAUUUGCCCAAGAGGAUGGAGAGCAGACGUCAAUCAUCCCUGUCCACCAGGUUAUUGACAAGGUCAAGGGAUACUGCAAUCCUCACUCUGACAACUUUUAUAAAAAUAUCAUCAUGUCUGACACAUUCAGUCACAGCACGAAGUUUUAACUGGACUUCUGAAUUCUUCGAACUAAAUGAAGCCAAAAAAUCCGCCUGGAGUGAAGAAUACUGGAUAUCAUACAAUGUGAUCUGCCCAGUUAUUUUUUCCAGUUUAUAAUGUUAUCUUAUAAACAGAUUCCACUUAUGGACCAAUUUCUCUACCUUUUUCCUAUUGUAGGAAAGGACAAUUUUCUGCCAUGAUAUUGAGCUGUUUUACAGAGUGUGCCCGCCAACAUGGCACCGGGACAGCUAACCAUAAUCCUGUGUAAAUAUUUUUUUUUUUUUAAGACAGAAGAAGAGCCAUAAGCCUAACUCCAAAUUAUCCAAUCUGAACAGAAGCAUAUCCUGACUCCGGAGAAAAUAGCAGACAUGUCAUGCAGUACAGACAAGCUCUUACCUAAUAGUUUACUGACGGUCUAUUAUUUCUUUUGAAAAACAUGAAUUUUCCCUACAGCACUUGUUAGAUUCUCCUAGAUUCUCCUUUCCUUAUUCUCCUUAUUGACUGUCCAGUGCUGCCUUUUUUUUUUUUU